CAGCGCCCGCCCACAACUUAUCGGCUCUCUUUCAAUUCCUUCUAACAGCCGGAUAAUUCAAAAUAUUCCUUUACUAAAUUCGGUCUAAUAUCAUGUGAAACGUGGGAGGCGACUUCCGAGCGUGAAUAAAUAUAAAAUUAACCUGAUGAGAAGUCAUUUUCACCGAUUGGCUGAUCGGCGUCUUUUCUCAGCAGGUUUUUUUUUUUUCAGCCUAUGUGACGUCACUCACAUCGAUCCGCUAACACAUGGAAUAUGAAUGUAUGACAGAGAGAAUAUGAACGCAUGAAUGUUACUGUGUUUGUCCUUCACUCUUCUGUAAACACGAUGAGCUGAACGGAGCUUUACUGGAGGCUCAGACCAUGAAUUACGUGGGUCAGUUGGCAGGCCAGGUGUUCGUGCAGGUGAAGGAACUCUACAGGGGUCUGAAUCCCGCCACGCUGUCCGGCUGCAUCGAUGUCAUCGUUGUCCGACAGCCGGAUGGAGCUCUGAUCUGCUCUCCAUUUCACGUGCGCUUUGGAAAGAUGGGUGUCCUGAGAUCACGAGAGAAAGUGGUGGACAUUGAGAUCAACGGGGAACCUGUGAAUUUGCACAUGAAGUUAGGCGAGAACGGAGAAGCGUUUUUUGUCAAGGAGACGAAAGACAAUCAGGAAGUGAUUCCUUCUUACCUGGCCACAUCUCCCAUUCCGUCCGACGGGGGUUUUCUGAUGGGCUCCUGCACUGAGAAUGGAAUGAUUAAGAAGAGAAGAAAGAGGAGAAGGAAGUGCAGGUCGGAGGAUGUGAAGAGGGAGGAGAGUGUGGAGUUCUCAGAGGAGGAACUGUUCAACAUCGACAUUAAUGACAGCGAGCUGCCCGGUCAGAACAGAGACCUGCCGAAUGGAGGUUCAACCACUGGAAACAAGCAAAACACAACUUAUGCUCGCUCAGAUGGAGAGUUGACUCCUGUUCACAGUCCUAAUGUGUCUCGUCCCUGCACCCCUAAGAGUGACUCUGAACUGCUUUGUGAAGGUCAGCAGGACGAUUCGGACAUGUUGUGGUCCUGGGGGGAGUUACCACAAGUUGCCAAGCCAUCGUUUCUGUCAGCGAAACCAAACGUCCUGCCUGCUUCUGCCUCACUGUCAAUUCCAGUCUCUGACAACACACAUUUCAGAGUCAUCCCUGAGACUGCCGCCCAUCACCAUGACAGCAACAGGACAUUACAUGCUGAUGGCCAAUCAAACAGAGCGAAAGAGUUCGAAAAGCAGGAUGUGACACCAGCAGCUUGCGUGAUGUCUGAGGUUGAGGAGGGAGGAGCAAAUACUGGACCCCGCCCACAAAAUAAGACUAAAAGAAAAGAUAAGAAAAGUCGCCAUCUGGGUUCUGAUGGCGUGUAUUUGGAUGAUAUAAAGGAUUUGAAGCCGGAGGUGGCGGCACUUUACUUCCCUAAAAUUGGUUCAGAGCGCUUGGGUGAGAACGGUGUCCGCAGUGUGACCGCGUCUCCUCAGUCUAUGUGCAGCUCAGGAGCAGACAGCGGAGUGGACAGUUACGACCUUCCCACUAUGGCCAUCUCUCUCUGUGGAGGCCUCACAGAAAACAGAGAGAUCACUAAAGAGCAUUUCCAGCAGAAGUCUGUGUCUUUUCAGCAGUUUGCUGAUAAUCCAUCCAUCAUUGAUGACCCUAAUCUGGUGGUGAAGAUCGGCUCUAAGUAUUAUAACUGGAGCACUGCUGCUCCUAUUAUGCUGGCUAUGCAAGCCUUCCAGAAACCAUUGCCUAAGGCCACCGUAGAGAGACUUAUGAAGGAGAAGAUGCCCAGAAACCGAGGAAGAUGGUGGUUUUCAUGGCGAGGAAGAACAAACAGUGCCAAACCGGAUUCGGCCUCAAGCGGUUCAGCCUGUGCUGCAGGAGACGAAACCAUCAAGAACAGACGGAAAGACGAGUCCUCUUCCAGCGAUGAAGAUCACUUAUCUGCCAAACAAACCCCUGUACCUGUUCACACAGACUCCGUCCCCGCUGGAGGAGGCGUGUCCUAUCAGAAAACUCUCCGCCUUUCUUCAGAACAACUCAUCAGUCUGCAGCUAAAGGACGGCCUUAAUGACGUGGUGUUCAGUGUGACGACUCAGUAUCAGGGCACAUGCCGCUGUGAGGGAACCAUCUACCUGUGGAACUGGGAUGAUAAAAUCAUCAUCUCAGACAUCGAUGGCACAAUCACCAGGUCAGAUAAGUUGGGGCAUAUUUUGCCCACACUGGGUAAAGACUGGACCCAUCAGGGCAUCGCACGUCUGUAUCAUAACGUCAGCCAGAAUGGUUAUAAGUUUCUGUAUUGCUCAGCGAGGGCGAUCGGUAUGGCGAACAUGACACGGGGUUACCUGCACUGGGUCAAUGAGAGAGGAACCAUGUUACCACAGGGACCCGUUUUACUGAGUCCCAGCAGCCUGUUUUCAGCACUGCACAGGGAGGUGAUCGAGAAGAGGCCGGAGAAGUUCAAGGUGGCGUGCUUGACAGAUAUUAGGAAUCUGUUCCUCCCAAAUACAGAGCCCUUCUACGCAGCGUUCGGGAACAGAGACACCGAUGUGUUUUCCUAUAAGGAGGUGGGUGUUCCCUUAAACAGAAUAUUCACUGUCAAUCCUAAAGGAGAACUGAUCCAGGAACAUGCCAAGACCAACAUCUCAUCGUACGUGCGUCUGGGCGAGGUGGUGGAUCACGUCUUCCCGCUCCUGAAGCGCAGUAGUUCGUGUGACUUCCCCUGCAGUGACACCUUCAGCCAGUUCACCUUCUGGAGAGAACAGCUCCCUCUCAUGGACGGGCAGAUAGCGAGCACUAUCAACACCACUCGCUGAACAGCUGCACGGAUCUGCUCACGACAUCGCGUGUGGACGCUCACAU